AUGAGUUUUCAUACCAUUGAGUAUUCAGCUGGGAUGGUUUCGCCUAGUUCGAACAACCAAUUAGCGCUUGGAAAUGUGCAAAGUGGAGCGGCCGCGUCGCAUGGGAUUUUUACGUACGAUGGAGGUAUUCCUAUGCUAUUUUUCGUCCCAUUUAACGACCCAAAUAGAUACGAGUACAAGCAGAAGAUAAUUAGUCAUGGGGGAAUUAUCACGGAUACCGAACCUAACGAGUCUACUGGUAAUAGAAUUAUAUUGUUAAGUUCGUUUAAUAUAAGGGGACAAUUAUGCUUCAAGUUGAGUUUUAUUGACGACUCCAUUAAGAAUAAUGGGGUUUGCGAUUUGAGUAAUUAUAAGUAUCAGAUUCCAGAGGUAUACGAUCCAUCUAGUAUUUCUGGCCAAAAUAAGAUUAUCAAGAUUAAUUCAGAAGGCGAUGGGGCAGGUCAGAAUGACGCAGCAGCAUUUUCAAAUGUGAUUAGCAGAAAUGUUAGACCACCACCGAUGAGAACAUCACGCCGGUUCAAUGACUUGAAAGAUGAAUAUAUUUUGAAGCAGAUUAGAUUAAAUCCAAGACUAAGAAAUAGUCAUAAGUUCUUUGACGGUUUAGCAACUCAUGACGUUUUAAAAGGUCACACUGGUAACUCAAUUAGAAGUAGAUAUAGAAAUCACUUAGAGUCUAGGUUGGCAUAUGUUUAUAAAACCGAUGAAGAUGGUGCAUUGAUUAAAUCUGCCGAUGGAAAGAAUAUUAGGGAAAGUCUUGAAAAUUUACCCAAGACUUUGAAGAAUAGGUUUACGGCAUUAGAGGAUUUCAACUUGUGUACUGAGUUAAUUGAGUAUAGCAGACAAAAAUAUUACGAAGAUUUAGAGUCUGGUGCAGUUGAAAAGGACGAAGAUGGUAAGCCAAAGCCUUUUGACUUAUAUCAAGAAUUCACAGCGCCAGUGUCAUUCUUUACAAUGAUGGCCAAAACUUAUCCCAGUCACUCAUACCAUUCAUGGAGAGAUAGAUACAGAAAGUUUGUUCGCCAAUAUGGCGCACAGAAAUAUAUUGAUGAUUAUAAUAGAUCAAUUCAAAAUGGUGAAACUCCCGAACAAAUGAAGAAUUUCACCGGGAAAAAGGCAGGGCUAACCAGGGGAUUUAAAGAAUUGAUUGGAUCGAGCUACAAUGAUAAUUACAGAGCAUUGCCAUCAAACGAAAAUGCCAGAGAUGAUGAAACAAUAGAUGAAAAAAUAAAACAGAUAAGAUCUUCGGAUUAUGAAGGAGCUGCAGGGAAUGUUGGUGAAAUUCAGGAAGCUGAAGGGGGACCAAAUAAUGAUCUUGAGCAAGUAAUUGAAUCACAAUCGCAACCAGAAUCACAAUCACAAGGUCAAGGCGGAUCCGUUCUUGAAUCUCAAUCGACAUCACAGAUGUGGUCGAAUUUCGAUAUUAAAUACCUCCCUCAAGGCAUUACGCUUGAAGAUUUAUUUAACAAAAACUUUUAUAAAAUUGCACCUAGUGAAAUAAGUUCAAAGGUGGAAACAAUCUUAAACGAUAUCGAGCUAUCUGCUCCAGCUUUAUUGCUUAAAUCAUUCAAUGAAAUAGGUAUUAAUGACGUUUUUACAGCUCAUUUAAUUAUGGCGUCCUCUGGAGAUAUUGUGAAUAUGCAAGUGUUCAUUGAUAAAUUUUUGGAUUUGAUUCCACAUUUGCAGGAAGAUCAACUUUACGACGGGUUACAAAUCGAGGAUACGGAUGGUAUAUGGACCAAUAAACUUGACAGUUAUUUACUCAGUGGUUCGAAACAGGACAUGAAGAAAUUACAAGCAAUUCAAAGUCCACAUUCCAUCGAUGCUAGAAGACUUUUCCUUGAAAAAUUUGCCUGA